UGCUUAAUGAAAAGCAUAAAAACAUUUCUCAAAACUCCAAAAAAAAAGUAGCUAAAAACUCAAAAGUGCUUUUCCUUCCUCCAUAAAAUCCUUGCCGACUGAUCGUCUCAGCAGAAAUGCAGUCCAUUCUCAAGAAAUAUUUUGGGUUUUCUUCGUUUCGACCGUACCAGAAGGAAGUGAUUGAGAAAAUCAUAGACGGAAACGACUCAUUGAUUGUGAUGGCCACCGGCAGCGGCAAGUCGUUGUGCUAUCAGGUGCCUCCGUUGGUUGUCGGAAAGACUGGUGUUGUUGUGAGCCCUCUUAUAUCCCUAAUGCAAGAUCAGGUAAUGUCUUUGAAGCAACGAGGAAUUAGAGCCGAGUUUAUGGGAAGUAGCCAAACUGAUUCCACUGUCCAGAGCAGAGCUGAAAGUGGUCAAUUUGAUAUCUUAUACAUGACCCCGGAAAAGGCAUGUUUGGUUCCUUCAAGUUUCUGGUCCAAUUUGCUAAGUGUUGGACUCUGUUUGUUUGCUGUUGAUGAAGCACAUUGCAUAUCGGAGUGGGGCCAUGAUUUCAGGGUAGAAUACAAGAAACUAGACAAGUUACGUGGCCUUCUUGUUGAUGUUCCAUUUAUUGCCUUAACUGCAACUGCUACUGAAAAGGUUCGGAUGGACAUUGUUAAUUCCUUGAAGAUGCAAAACCCAUAUGUUGCCAUAGGCUCAUUUGACCGGACAAAUCUGUUCUAUGGUGUCAAGUCAUUCAAUCGUGGUCAGUCAUUUGUUCAGGAGCUCGUUCAAGAAGUUUCAACAUUUGUGCGCUCAGAUGGUUCAACUAUCAUCUACUGCACGACAAUUAAAGAUGUUGAGCAGGUAUUCGAGUCACUCAAGGAGGUAGGUAUUAAGGCUGGAAUCUAUCAUGGUCAAAUGGACAAUAAAGCUCGUGCGGAGUCCCAUAGAUUGUUUGUACGAGAUGAACUCGAUGUCAUGGUUGCUACAAUUGCUUUUGGAAUGGGUAUUGACAAACCAAACAUAAGGCAAGUGAUACAUUAUGGUUGCCCAAAGAGCUUGGAGUCUUAUUACCAGGAAAGUGGACGAUGCGGUAGAGAUGGUAUUGCAUCUGUCUGCUGGCUUUAUUACACUAGAAGUGACUUUGCAAAAGCUGACUUUUACAUUGGAGAGCUACAUUCUGAAAGUCAACGUAAAGCUGUUGUAGAGUCGUUGAUGGCAGCACAACGGUACUGCUUACUGACAACUUGCAGAAGGAAGUUUUUACUUGGUCACUUUGGGGAAAAGUUUCCAGCUGAUAAAUGCGGUAAUUGUGAUAACUGCACUUCCACAAAGAGGGAGCGAGACAUGUCUAAAGAAGCAUUUCUUCUAAUGGCUUGCAUUCAAUCAUGUAGGGGUAAAUGGGGUCUCAGUAUGCCUGUAGACAUUCUUCGUGGCUCUCGAGCUAAAAAAAUUAUUGAUGCCCAAUAUGACAAGCUUCCACUGCAUGGGCUUGGGAAAGACUAUUCUUCGAAUUGGUGGAAAGCCCUUGGUUACCAAUUAGUCUCUUCUGGUUAUUUGAGGGAGACAGUAAAAGACAUAUACAGAACUGUAAGUCUUAGUCCAAAAGCUUACCAAUUUCUUAGUUCUGCUGGACCGGAUCAUCAACCACCCUUAUUCUUGCCAGUGACCAGUGAAAUGGUCGAUGAUGAGGACAAUAAACAUGCAUCAGGCGAAGUUGGAGAAAUUAAGAGUUUGGCUACUCAGGAAUGUGAAGGAUUCUCAGAGGCAGAGAAACAACUCUACCACAUGCUUUUAGAAGAGAGAAGGAAGCUCGCAAGAAGCCUUGGAACCGCUCCAUAUGCUAUUUGUGGUGAUCAAACAAUUAAAAAAAUUGCUUUAGCAAGACCAUCUACCAAAGCAAGGCUAGCAAACAUCGAUGGCGUCAACCAGCACCUUGUAGUGACUCAUGGAAACAAUUUUCUUCGGAUCAUUCGGGAUCUAUCACAAGGACUAAAUCUUUCAUUGGAUGGAGAGGCAACCGUACAAACUACUGCUAUUACGAGAAAAGUCUAUCCUGUACCCAACCAACCAAGAAAGUUAACGCCAGCAAAGUUUGAAGCCUGGAAAUUGUGGCAUGUUGAGGGUUUCUCGAUUCAGAAAAUUGCUAACUUCCCUGGUAGAUCUGCACCUAUUAAAGAGCAGACUGUUCUUGAUUAUGUGGUAGAAGCUGCUCAAGAAGGAUGCGAAAUUGAUUGGAUCAGGCUAUGCAACGAGGUUGGACUAACGCAUAAAGUUCUCUCCGAUAUUCAGUGUGCCAUUUCAAAGGUUGGCCCUACGGAAAGGUUAAAGCCUAUCAAAGACGAAUUGCCAGAAGAUAUAAGUUAUGCACACAUCAAGACUUGCCUGGCAAUGCAAAAGCUUGGAGUGUCUCUGGAAGGGACUCCAUCUAGCCCCCAUGAUGCACAAGAAGCUGGUCAACUUCCAAGCAAGGAAACAGAAUCGUCACCAUGUUCUGCUCGUAAAUCCCCCACGGAAGAACCUCUUGAAGAUAAAGCCUUGGCCCAAGAUUCAGUUGCAAGCUCGGGUAAAAAUGAAGAAACCACUCCUCUUCCCUUGACCAGGGGACAAGGAGUAAACCAACCUGAAGCACAUUUCGAGGACUUACUCCCAACAAAACGCCAAAAACUUGGUAGUCCAGAUGAUGAAAGUUCCCUUGCAUUGAAGGCAACGGAGAGUUCCAUAUACGAUUGGCUUAAGAACCAAGACGGGAUCUCUCUCUCUCAGAUUUUGGAGCACUUCAGCGGAUCUGAAGAACAAUCUGUGAUCGAUGUACUUAGCUCCCUUGAAGUUGACUUUCUAAUAUAUAAAAAGAACAACUUGUAUAUGAUUAUCUAACUGUAAAAGAACAGGCUGUCUAGUUACUGAAUAGACUUGGUAUGUUAAACAUGGUUGAUCUGAAGUUUACUACCGGCUGUCGGAAAAGAGUAAACUGUUCGUACA